AGAAAGGACACCAAAAGAAGCUAGAGGAGGAGCUAGGAAACUUAUCUCAGAAAAUUGAGAAAAUUAUACUAAAUUAUGACACUCUUAAUGAACAACGUACUGAUGAAUCCCAUGGUGAAAGUAGAUGGAGAAAUGAUAAGGAUCAAGAGAGACAUCACGAAACCAGGAAGGGCUUUACUUGUUAUAACUAUAAAGAGACCAGUCAUAUCACUCAUAACUGUUUAUUAGAAAAGAAACUGAAAAGAGAUUAUGUAGAGAAAUGA